AAAACCCAGUAGACCCCAGAUUCGUCAUACUUCCUUACCUUAUAAAGGCCUAACCAAAAAAAAGCCCAAGCUUUUCCACAACACAACCCCCGGCCAUCUCCGCCGCGAAGAUCCCAAAACACCGCCGCAGACUUCGUGUAUGCGGUGGUACACAAUGUCUGAAUCGAAGCCUCCGCCGCCACAACUAUUGAAGCAACAGUCGUGGUCCCCGGACAUCCACCGCCAGGAGACUUGGUCGAGGCGGAAGGACAACCACAAGCUGCGCCGCCGGCUCCUCCGCCGCACCAAGAGCGUCACCGACGACGACUUCGACGAACUGAAGGCCUGCUUCGAGUUAGGGUUCGGAUUCGACUCCGACUCGCCCGAUAGCGAUCCGAAACUCUCCGAUGCCUUUCCUGCUUUGGAACUCUACUACGCUGUGAAUAAGCAGUAUAACAACCACCAUGGAGGACUAUCCAGAUCAUCGUCAUCAACGUCGACGCUGAUUUCUGACUCCGAUUCUUCGUCGUUGCCGAUUGAGAGCCCUAGAAGUAGCACCAGCACCACCACUAUAUUCGACUCAGGUGAUGAUCCGGAGACGAUGAAGACGAGAUUGAGGCAGUGGGCUCAGAUUGUUGGUUGUGUUGUGCGACAAUCUUCACCAAACUGAAAUACUUUAUUUUCUUUUUCUCAACCAAUUUUGUUGCGUACAAUUAUACAUUAAAUUCAUAUUUUUUAUGUUUUAUUAUUGUAGGAUUUUUUUUAUUAUAUAACAAAUUUCUUAUAUUUGAGUCGAAUGUUUA